CGCGCACGUACGCCUUCACCGUUCCUCUUGGCUCACCACCUGAGGUCUGCGUGAUUUUGCAAGAUGGUGAACGUUGACGAAGAAGUUGACCUACUCAAGCGCGAAAUAAAGCGUCUUGGAACGCAAGAUCCGUCUACAGGCAAGACGUCCGUAAAGUUUGGAAAGUUGGUCAGGGACGACGAAUGUGCAAACAUUUUCGAAGCCAUAGUUGGCACUCUUCGGGCAGCCAAAAAGCGGAAAAUAGUCGCUUAUGAUGGAGAAAUACUCCUCCAAGGUCCUCACGACAAUGUCGACAUAGUGUUACUUUAAAUCGACGAACAAAGUCGUAACUAAAGUUAGCUGUUCAACACACCGGGUGCCACGGUCCUUUUUUGCCACAAUACUGCUCAUGAUAUGCAGGAAGGCAUAUAUUACAUAAAGAUUGGACGAAAUACACAAUGUUAUACAUUCGCUGAUA